AUGGCAGAUCCACCAACACCCCUCCUCUGGACCCUGAUCGUUGUGGUCACGGCGCUUUGUCUUGCGCUCGUCGUUGCCGCCCAGAUCCUCGCCAGCUACUCGAGCGCCUACAUGGCGGCCCCGCGCGAGAUCACCACCUUCAUCGACGCCGUCGACUUCUCCAUCCAGGAGAACGAGAGCUACGACCGCGACGUGGCGCGCGUCCAGCGCCUCGAGGACAAGAUGCGCCUCGGCCGCCUGCUGCGCGAGAUCCAGUCGGGCGGCGACGAUCUGCGCGAGCACCUGAACCGCCUGUUGAUUAGCGAGGAGGGAACCGCUUUGCGUACUGGCGCGAGGGUCUUGUGGGCCGGACACCGCAGAGAAUUGGAGGAGCGCAUACGUCGCCUCGAUCUCCUGCGCAUGCGCUUCUUGACCGUCUACAUGGGCAUUAUAGCAACGUCGCUGAGCCAUCGCGACAAGCAGGCUGAGAAGUCGGCGCCGAAAGACCCGGAAAAGGCGGGCAUGUCACUGAAGCUAGGGACACCUCGGCCAGCCAUUCCACGAAGUCUGACGGACAGCCUGAGAAAGAAACCGUCGUUGCGCAGGUUGACAACCUCAGCUAUUGGGCACAGCGAAAAGACCUCCCCGCCGCACCGGGUGGGCUGGAUGGGUGUGGUCCAGGAGCUGCAGCGGUCACCUGUGAUGCAAAGGCGACAUGCCUCGAUAGAGCAGGCUAUGCAGUCGCCGCCCUUGUCACCUUUGAGCAGCCCAACGCCCCUACGCCCUGUGAGCAGUCCGACGCCUAUGCGGAAGACACCAAAAUUCCUGAGCGACGAAUGA